AUGUCGCACCUCUUCUCCGCCGUCGAGGACCUCUUCAAGUCCUUCUACGAAAUGAUCGCUGCCGUCGUCGGCACCAUCGUCCACCUCGGCCAGACCUUCGUCAUGGCCAUCGUCAACUUCUUCACGUCGAUCGUGCGCCUCGUCACGGACGUGCUCAGCGGCGUGGUCGACGUCGCUGGUGGAGUGGGCAAGUUUAUCGCCGGUACGUUCAUCUCUAUUGCUCAUUCUCUCGCGAACGCGUCUACUCACAUUCACUACGAUCUAGGCAACAUCGUCAUCCUCGGUAUCGUCGCUACCGGCGGCUUCCUCUACAUCCGCGCCCAGCAGCAGGGUCGUCGCCCUGCCGCCGCAACCACGAAGAAGACCAACUGA